AUGUGGACCCUCGAUGAGUUCGAGCUUGGACAAAAACUCGGCGAGGGCGCUUUCGGGAAGAUCUACCUGGCCAAGCGGGGCCGCGCGAUCGUGGCUUUGAAGAUUUUGCGGAAGGCGCAGAUCAGCCGGCAAAAGGCACAGAAGCUGGUGGAACGGGAGAUCGAAGUCCAGUCCAAUUUACACCACGAGAACUUGUAUCAAGUGCAAAUAGUUCUGGGUCUGGAAGAUUUGCAAGCCUUGGAGAUAUUAGGUUGAGCACUUUGUUCUCGGAUAUAAGAAAGUAUCUACACCUUCUGUUGGACUUUGAACACACCUGCCACACUGAGUGGCCAAAGCUUCUACCUUCGAGAGGUCUCUAACACGUUCAAACACUUCAAUCUCUCAGCAGACAGGGCGAAAGCCUCUGACUGCGUUGCAUCCUGUGAAGAUUCAUCAAUCAAGGUUCAUCAUAGACAUCAUUCCACUCAUCACAGGCUCUGAGGCUCCAGAUCUCUAGUCAUUCUGGGACCUAUUCCCCACUCUGUAUGGGUGCGAUUUUAUCAGGGACGGAGGUCCCUGGUAAAGUUUUUAUCAAGGUCGACGGUCCUUGAUAAAGUUUUGAUCUAGGACGAAGGUCCUCGAUAAAGUCUACCUCUAGGAUUUGGCUAGGAUCUGGACCAUUCUGAGAUCGGCCAAAUCGGUACCGUAGGAGCCUGCGUAGGGAUUUUAUCAGGGUCGGGGGUCCCUGGUAAAGAUUUUACCAGGGUCGCCGGUCCUUGAUAAAAUCCGAACCAAGAGAGCCUGACUUGCUCAAAUUCUUCAUCAUUUGCAUUUGGAGAACAGGCAUUUCGGGAUCUCGUAGAAGCUUCAGUCUUGCGUGGAGGUAGGGUUUAGAUCACAUGACCAACGCCCCUCCUCAAUCGAUGCAGUCUGUAGCCCCUAAGAGUCCUACUCUACCUUGUUCCUAAAUAGAUAUAAAGUUGCAUAAAUUCCCCUUCUCGGGUCAAAAUCCAAAGUCUACAGCGUACAACACUAAAGCUACUCCACUAUCAUCGUAGAAACUAGUAUAGAAAGAAGCAUCAGAAUCAUCCUCAUCAUCCGACUGGGCGUCAGGAUGAGAAGAGUCACAGGAGAUGACUGGAUUGUCUACGUGAUGUAGAAGCAGCCUGCGCUGUGGCGCUGAGCAUUCCAGCUUCGUAAGUCCAUCCGCCUUCAUCAAAUGCGUCGGGCAGAAGACUAUACGACUGGCAGCAUCUCGCACACGCAAAUAGCGAAGAGCGCAAUGCCGUGACUUCGGUUCUGUGUCUGUGCUUUUGGCUGUAGCGAUUGCGGAUUGGUUGUCCACCCACAAGAUGGCAUCACCCAGGGACGGAGAUAAGCCGUCCUGCGUUUCUACCAUUCUGGUAGGGAGAGGAGCGAAGAAGUCAGCGAAGUCGUUCUGCUCACUGAGCACAAUAGUGUGAGAAGCUGCGAUAUACUCGCUUUCCGCCGUCGAAUACGCACGCACAGUCUGCCGAUUGCUGCGCCAGCAGAUCGGGAAGCCGCGGUAGUACAUAAUCGACCCGGUGGUAGAACGCAUCGUCUUCAAGCAAUUCGCGAAACCAGCGUCAGAGAACAGGUUCAGACGUGGCACGUCCCUGCCCUCCGGCGCAAGCUUCUGAUGAAUCUCACUGAGCGUCUCUUCUUCCUCUGGACUGUACGAUAGUCCCACUUCCUUCGUUGUCAGGAGGAACUUUAUCACUUUUCUACAGGCGUCAGCGAUCCUUUUCGUGGCUGGUUUGCUCACGUAGCGAGCUAGAGUAGAAACCGGCACACAAAUGUCAGGACGCGCAGUGGUCGCGAUCCAUUGCAACGCACCAACUACGGAUCUGAGAGGAUAAUCCUUCAGCUCUUCAAGAUCUUCUUCCGUCAGAGCUGACUCGUCAAAAUUCGGAGAGCGUACCGGCUUGCCAAGCGUGACAGCGAACUUCUUAGCAAUUUUCUCUAUAUACUCCUCCAUGGUCACACGCGCUGACUUGUGCUCCCUAGAGUAGUACACAAUCGCCCCAAGGAAGUCGAACUUUUGCCACUCGAUACCAUUGGAAUCGGUAAAGAGCUCGACAGCUAUCUCACGCCCGGGGACGCGCGACAGAGUCUUUCGCAACUCGGCACGAAGUUCAGCAAGAUCAGGUCCUGCGAUCAAGUUGUCGUCGACAUAGACAGCAAGCUUGAGAUAUCUUCCUGGGUGCGAUAAGCUUGGCUUUCUCCACAAACCAGGCGCAGAAGGACAGGGCUCCCAACCUAACUCGGUCAAGAUGCUCUCAUACUUCUUAAACCAGGCCCGCGGUGCGUCCUUUAGCCCAUAAAGCGCUUUGUGUAGCUUCACGACUGCCGUCUUGUGCUUUGCUGCCCAGAUGGGUGGCAAACGGCAAUAGACGUCGCGAUCUAACAAGGCAUUAAGGAACGCGCUAUCGAGAUCAUGCGGGAUGACGUGAGCACCAUCUGCGGCAGCAGAUACCAGUAGCAAGCGAUUAGCUGCAUGCGAGACAACUGGCGCGAAGGUGUCAAUGUCACCCGAUCGAUCAAGAUUGCCAAGUACACAGGCUCGAGCUUUAUACGUCCCGUCGCGCUUAACGGUCAGUAUGAUAGCGAUUGGAAGCACUUGCUUCGCGGUAGCUAGCUCCUCGUCAGAGGCUGGCUUCCGCGUCUCAUAUGCUAGCAGACGAGCUUCCUCCUUGUCAGUUACCUUCUGCCACUUAGCUGCAAGCUCAGCGUCAGGCAAUUUGACAGCCUUCUCAGCGGAAAGAUAAGCUUCCCAGGAGUCAGCAUUCGUCAGCAUCGCUAUGGCCUCGACGAUCUCCUCCCCAUCGUCAAGCAUGCCAAUAGCGUUCCAAUUCGCUGCGGCAAACGCCUCUGCGUUCUUCUUCAACUUCUCGAGCUGUGCUUUUGUGCGCCGAGAGCGUUUCUUCUUAUCCUUGGCCCCUUUUGGACGUCCGCGGCCCGGUUUGGAGUUGCGGUUGCCAGCCACAACCCUCGCCGGUGCGUGACGUACCCUAACAGGACUAGAAGACGCUUCUCGAGCUUGUUCCCCUCCUCCACUGUUGCUCGCUGCGAGGUUCCCCGCCUCAGCUUGCGACAGUAUAGGAGCUUCCGGGGACUCUACUGGACCUUCUUCCUCUCUGUCCAGUGUCUCCGCUUGAAGUUCUAAGCCGGCGGUCGAUUCCUCCGCGUGCCCCGCCCCAUGAACCUCCAGGCGAUGAGCCGAACUAGAUUGCGAGUCUAGCCGUCCAAGCGCGGGUGGAACCGGUUGCGAUGCGCCGCUUUGGAGAUCUUCCAGGUAGCCCAUCUGAGCGAAGACUCCCUUCGAACUGGGUAGGAGCCAGUCGAUGUUCUUGACGAGUAUAUCCUCCCGAAACUUGACAUCGCGAGUAGAAUACUCGGCCCACCGAUGCCCGUCUCUUGUCCGAUCGUCUGUAACGAAGGCGCCCACGAGCCAGCCCGAUGACUUAGGACAAAGCCCGAGAAACACUCCGCGACGAAAGGGCGGACUGAGCUUGGGACCUCCUUGCCCUUCUCUGUCCGUCUUGAUUUGUUCACGAAAGUAAACAAGACAACCAAAACGCCUGAGCAGGCCAAUGCCUUGCUUCGCACUGUUCCUUCCUGUCCUCUUCUCAAGGAUCUCUAUCGGAGUCUCUCCGUCAUGCUCUGGCAUCUUUGCAUAUUUAUGCGGCAGCCGGUCCCAACAGUCACCGCUGUAGACUAUGGCAUAGGACCACAGACGGCGAUCGACGUGAACCAACAGUGUACGGCAGGAGCCGAACAGCGUCCGCAUAAAACGUUCGCAAGUUCCGUUUUGCUCUGGAUUGUGAGGAACAGUUGGAGCGUCACAGAUCUGCAGCGAUUGCAUGACCUUGGUCAUGUGCUCACUGCCCAGAGCUGGCGCAUUGUCCCGUCUCAGGAACCAAGCGACCUUGUCAUCCAAGGACAAUGACCAGUCUGCGCGAAUGCCUUUGAUAAUAUCUUCCAACUCCUCCACGCAGUCGCUCUUGUACAAAAGAGGCCUGGCAAAACACUUCUUGAUGGCAUCGCAGAUACCAACAAGGACACAGGUGUGCUUCAUGAUAGACAUGGGCUUCACACCGAAACCGAAGUCAAACGCUAAUAGUUUUAGUGGUUGAGGUUUAUAAUUCUCAACGUUCCGUGCUUUCGCAUGUGGAUUCCUCUGUCCUUUAGUUCUAUCGCAUUCGGGACAACUGACGUCGAGCCCGUCCACAUGGAAAUGUCCAAGACGUCCGUGUAAGUAGCUCUAACUUAGUCAAGUAACAACUACUAGUAGAUACCUCGGCGACAGAAGUACAGACAAAGCCGUCCGCAGCAUCUGCCUCUCAGGCAGCCGGCCCGAGGCAAUUUCCGCUAGUGGAAUUUCGUUAAAAUGGCACUAAUUCUGGGAAUCGCGGGCCGGUUGGUUGGGUGUGGCACCCUUUGGGUGCGCGCCGUAUUCGGGGCGGAGGGCGUGGCGUAGUGUGGCGCUCCCGCUUUCCGUUUUCCCGGGUGUCGUAAGCUUCCGGGCCGCCUCCCCUGGUUGUGUGUUCUCCCCCGUCCUCUUGGGGAUGGGGGCCGCUUAUCGCUGGGCCCUUUCGCGCGCGCGGCGUCUUGGCUUUUGGUGGUGGCCUGCCCUCGGGUGCUCUUACUUUUCCCCUACCUCGGGGAAUGUCUCGGGUCGGGCCCUUGCCCGGGUCUUCGGUUUUUCUUUGUCCGGCAUCUUUCCGAGGGGCGGGGAUCUUUUGGUGUGGUUUGGCCCAUAGGGGUUGCUCCUUGUGGCCAUGGCUCAAAUCCGCCGGGGCCCGGCGCCUUUGCAUUUAUGGGGGGCGGCGCGCAGUGGGCCCGGCCCUGGAAAUCAGGCAGGCGCGAGGCCGGGGCGUUUUGGUCUUUCAAACACCACCCCGGUCCCGGGCGGUUAAUGAAGAGGGUAAUCCCGGGGGUAAUUUCCGGGGUUAAUCUGACCACAACGAAAUCGGGAAGGUUUCGUUGGUUUUGAAAUUAGACCAAAAAUUAGACUACAGAUUAGACUACAAAUUAGACCACAAAUUACCCCAAAAACCCAAGGAAUUAACCUUCCCCCGAGAGGCAGUCACUCCGCCAGACCGCUGGGCUCUCAAUCGGCGCCGUUUGUUCUUAGAUGCCCUGCUUUUUCUCGGCAGGCCGGCCGCCCGCAGUUCCCGCCUCUCGUGGCCUUUGCGUCUUUGAAUGGAUUCCCCCCGGCCGGCGCCUUUUUCAAUUUGCCCCGAAGAUUGCAGGGGUGGCGCUCUGGAAACCCACAGACAACAGGUCCGCCGGGGUCGUGUUCCGGCCUCCGUUGUGAUUUGGUGGAGGCCCCCCACGCGCAGGCUUCGCAGGCUCCUUGGCCUUUCUUCUGUGCCGGGGCACCCUUUGGCGCCUUUCCCGGCGCGCGCCUCCCCUCCCGGGGGGCGCAGGGGGGUGCCCGGAGGGCGGCGCCCGCGAUGACUAUGCGCCCCCGGAAAUAUGGCGGCAAACCCCGCGCGCUUUCUAGUCGGGCCCCUUUGGCGUCUGUUCUCCUUCGCUUUGGGGAUUAGCCAAAAAUCAGCCCGGAAUUAACGAAAUAGCUUGCCACGGGCCGGCUGCCUGAUGCCUCCUGCAGGUCGAACAAGUUGCAACCAAGGACGGGAAGGCACUUUCUGGGAUGAUUCUUUAUGUCCAACACGCGGCCGGUACCAGUGUGAGCAAUGGUUCCGCCGGUGCUGUGAAAGGUGAGCUCCCAUCCUACUUGUGACAUGUUACCUUCACCGAGCCAAGGCAAAAUCCUAUCAAUAUCCUUCGGUAGAUCUUUGAAAUAAACACCAUGUCGCAGGUUUAAUUGGUUGGGUUGCAGUUCUCCUAUAAAUCCAUCCCGUGCGCCAGCUGUUCCGUUGAUGGUACAGCGUCGGCCCGUGAUGUUCUUAAAAUCAUCAGCGUGCUUUGAUAAGUAUCUAUUUGCACAGCUGCCAACUAGGUUUACCUGCUUUGCACCUAGGUAACUGCCUGGCUGCACAAUAAUCAACAACAGACAACAUCUUCCCCGUUCCGGAUCUUGAUCAUCGUCUCCUCAGCUCGUUCCGGGCUUGCCGGAUCCCGAUCCAGCGCUAGCUUCAUGCCAGACCCAGGCACCACCCCAGUCCUGGUAGACCGUAGGUUCACCGAAACCGGUGUACGCGUUGCCCCCUCCUUUGCCUUUGCCUUUGGGUUUCCCACCCGUAGACGCAGCAGCGGUAGGACACUCCCACGCGUAGUGACCCCAGUCAUAGCAUUUGUAGCACUGGAUAUUCUUCUUGUAAUCCUUGAACUUCUUGUCCUUCUUGCCCUUCCCCUUCUUGCGGGUAGAAGGAUCACCACCCUGGCUUGCGUGGACUUCGGCGGUGACUUUCUUUUUCAGUUUAGCCUUGAACCGCUUGAGAGCAGUCUGAGACAUGAAAGUUUUACCGUCCUUAUCGUUACCACUAGCCUGGGGGCGCUUCUUGGAAGCAGCAGUCUUGUCCUCGUCGUACUCAACCGCCGGGAACGCCUUGCCGAAGCUGGAGUUCUCCACCUUGUACUCACCGUCCUUGAUCAUGGCCUGCAGACGGGUCGCCAACUUGUCACCCAUCUGCUGCGUCGUCAACUGGGCACCGUCCUCGACCAUGCGUGCGAUCGUGUCCUUGAAACCCUUGGGAAACAUCUUGGGCAGGUAGUCUAAGAUGUUCUGGGCCUGUCGAUCUUCAGGAGCACGAGCUAGGUCGGGCGGAAACACCGCAGGGGACUGGUCCAUGACGCGCUUGACCUUGGCGAGAAAGGAAGGCGGGUCCUGAGGUUGGUCGCGGUCAUCGAACUUCAUCGAUUCGAGACACGCAGCGCGGGUUUUCUGCUGGGUCCUGUUCUGCUGGUUGUAAUGACCUUCAUCACGCAGCUCCAAAUACAACUCUCCGGCAUUCAGAAUGUUGUAAUUCGGGCGAGCGUGCAGCCAGGUCUUACAAGAACCAGUCAAGGACUUCAGCAUCGCGGCCUUCAGGUUGCGCCAUUUCUGAGCAACCGUCUCAGCCUGCUGACCGACUCCUCCGGGGAGACCGGGCUGACCGAGAUGGACGACGACGUUGUCGAAGUAAACGCCUAGUCCGAGGCGCUCGACCUCCUCACGGACAGAGCGAUCCCAUUCGAUCCAGCCAGUCGCAUCCGGCAGCUUCGCGGCGAUCUCUGCGGAUACCACAGUCAUCUUGUUUUCUUAAUGAGUCUACUGUCCUUAGUGUAAAGUAGCACAGAUUGGAGUCUAAGUCGCAACGCAGUGUUGGACUUUGAACACACCUGCCACACUGAGUGACCAAAGCUUCUACCUUCGAGAGGUCUCUAACACGUUCAAACACUUCAAUCUCUCAGCAGACAGGGCGAAAGCCUCUGGCUGCGUUGCAUCCUGUGAAGAUUCAUCAAUCAAGGUUCAUCAUAGACAUCAUUCCACUCAUCACAGGCUCUGAGGCUCCAGAUCUCUAGUCAUUCUGGGACCUAUUCCCCACUCUGUAUGGGUGCGAUUUUAUCAGGGUCGGGGGUCCCUGGUAAAGAUUUUACCAGGGUCGCCGGUCCUUGAUAAAAUCCGAACCAAGAGAGCCUGAUUUGCUCAAAUUCUUCAUCAUUUGCAUUUGGAGAACAGGCGUUUCGGGAUCUCGUAGAAGCUUCAGUCUUGCGUGGAGGUAGGGUUUAGAUCACAUGACCAACACCUUCUGAGCUCUGUAGUAUGCAUGUUGCACAGUAGCCGCGCUCCUUGUAGUUCUCUGUGACCCGAAUCCGAAAACGUGAUUCCUCAUGCGCGUCGGUGCGCUCUGCAAAACUUUUUCAUGCUUGGUUGCAUACUGCAGUCAGUGAGUUUUUUUUCCAUUCACACAUUCAUUCUCUUUCUCACCGCGACUAUCGAUCCAGGCUGAGACGUAUUUGCACUCCGACAACUUACUCUCUCUGUACGCCUAUUUCUGGGACGACCAGUCGAUCUUUCUUGUGCUGGAGCACAGUCACUUUGGGGACUUGCGGAAGCUCAUUCUGCAGAAUGCUGCCGGCGCGGACGCCUCGGGAGGCGCAGCUCCGCUUAUUUCUAAACAAGACAUCAAGCUGUACUUCAAACACACCAUCUCCGGGCUGCAGCACUUGCACAAGAACGAAAUCUAUCAAAUGUAAAAAUUUCUGGGUCUGGAAGAUUCUGAGAUUUGUCAUGCAUAUUUUGAAUGAUCCAUGAUGUCUGUGAUGCAUGCCCUAGCAUCACAGAUUUUUACAGGGCUUCUUGAUGCGUAUUCCGCAUGACAAAUGCCUUCUCAGCGUAGCAAAAAUUGUAUUUCCUUUCGUACUCAUGCAAUACAGAUUUUUUUGGAAUCCAAACGCAGCAUCACAAGUUGCAUUCUUCCAGACCCAGACAUUUUUUCAUCUGAUAAAAUCCUUUUUCGCGACCUGAAGUCCGAGAACCUGCUUCUCUUCCAUCCGAAAAUCGUCAAGCUCUCCGACUUGUGGAAUGCAAACCGGAAUCUGGGUCCGGAAUAAGCUACUUUCUUGUGAUGCCAAGGUUUUAAUCGUGAGCUGCAGCCACGACUGGCAAGCUUCUUAGGUGCUGGUGUGUCUCUUACGUAAAAACCGCCUUGCAAGUUGCAUUUUUGCAUGACAAACGGUGUGGGGGUGGGGCUGUAUCGCAAUAGGCAUGACAGGUUCAUCUUUAUUUUCUCUCGUCCUGCUGUCAGCCAAGCUAAGCUCAAGCACAUGACAGACCUAGUAGAUAUGUUUGAAGUUGAUACGACUUUGGCGCGGCGGUGCACGGGCCCAAGGAGUUCCAGGCGGACAAGAGGAAAACUAUGAUCGGCAAUCCGCUUUUCUACGCCCCCGAGAUGAUCACGGAUGACGCCUACGAUUUCUUCGUGGACAUGUGGGCCGCCGGGCUCUUGCUCUUCGAGCUGCUCUUUCACGGAAAGUUGCCUUCGAGUCCGGAAUUUUCCCCGUCAUCAACGUCCGGAGACGGAGCCCGUGCCGCAGCGGGAGGAAAUUCAGUGGAAUUACCUCCAGAUACUUCUAGAAAUGAUCGCCGGGGGUCUGAAAUUGUAGAUCGCACCGGAAAUAAACAGAAGUUUGCGGAGCACGACCAGCUAGCCAUCUUUCGCGACAUUCUGAAACUUGACGUGAAGAAUGUGCUGUCCAAAGCGGCACAAAGCACGGUAACGAGCGCGGCGACGGGUCGUGAUCAGAUGCCAUCAUCGACCAGUGGUGCAGGGACCAAGAACUACCGUGGUCAAGAGCAGUCGUCCUGGUUCCGGGACGAAAUAGAAACGAAUGCCGAAGACCUCAUUUCGAAACUGUUGGUCAGCCCCGCGAAUAAAAGGCUCACAUGCGCCCAAUGCCUCACUCAUGCGCUUUUAGCGUAGAGACGCACGGUGCGGACAACAACAUUUUGGUAGAAACGUGGCUGAUUUGAAAGAAUGAGAAUAUUUCAAGUACAUGUGAAACGCUGGC